CCAUCAAGGAUGCAACUCCCUCCCUCUGGUUCAAAUUUCCUUCCUGGUGCUCCGCUCCUCCUCGCCGGCCAUCGCCGCCGUCUCGCCGGGGAAGGGAAGGGAGGAGGAGCCGAUGAAGCGCGGGACCAACAGCGCGUGCGACCUCCGCGCCGUCUCUCUCCCCCCGCCCGGUUAAGACCGGCCCCCCUCCGUUUCCCUCCCCCCUAUCCCCGUCCGCUGCUGCCGCUGAAACGUGCGGCGGUUCGAUUUCGGACCAGGAGCGGCGGCGGGAGGGCCGGCGCGCCCCCUGCUUCUUCCUCCGCGGCGUCGGCGGCGGGGAAUCCGCCCCAGGCGGCGCCGUCGCAGCAGCAGCAGGCCUUCUCGCUCCCGCGCCCGAAGCUGCCGCGGCUCCCGGAGUCGGAGGCCUUCGUCGACCAGACCCUCCACCGUCCCACGCCCGCGCGCCACCAGGGAUUUGGCUUGCAUGACGACUCGUCGGAGAGGAUGCCUCCAUUUCCUCCCAGUUCAGCAUGUGGUGCACAAGAAGAACCCCAGCAGCAGCAACCGGUGAUCAUACCCAGCAGCACUACCCUGCGCUGGAACCCCUCUCCUACAGACACUAGAUGUCGGGUUAAUGAGGACGCUGAGUGCAGGUUUCAGCAGCUGUCAGGUUCAGUACACAAGGUGGGGAUGGUAUUGGACUCGGUACAAACUGAUGUUAUUCAGUUAAACAGAACCAUGAAGGACGCAUCGGUUGAAUCUGGUGGUGUGCAGCAAAAGUUUGAUCUCCUAGAGGAUACACUUCAGAAAAUUAUUAAAGGACAAAAUGAUCUCAAAGUACUUGCUGAAAACAGCAUGAAAAGCAACUCUGAUCAGCUGAAUGUUCUCAACUCUCGCACCAGCAAAUUGAAUGAGAUGUCUUUGGUCGUUUCAGUCUGUCCAAAACAAGUGCAAGCAGAUUUAAGAGAGCUGCAUGGUGACAUCUUCAGGGUUCUUACAAAGGACAUGGAGGGGGUUGUUAGAGAUAUCAGGUCUCUGAAUACUAGGCCUGCUGCAAUGUCAAUGCUGCCAGACCAGAACUUCUCCCCCAAUGAGAGACUACCGAGAAACCCAAUGCUAGCAAAAGGAAGUCCCUUGAUGAAUGGAGUGUCUGUAGCAAAUAGAAGACCUACAAUGAACCAGACACCAGCAGCAAAUGAACGACCCCUGAUGAACCAAUCACCAGUCGCAAAUGGAAGGUCUACAAUGAACCAGACACCAGUAGCAAAUGGACGAUCCCUGAUGAACCAAACACCAGUGAAAAAUGGAAGCCCCAUGACGAUUCCAGUAGGAGAUGGAAGGUCCCAGCUGAAACAAACACCGGUAACAGAUGGAACGCCCCAGAGGGAUCUAACACCAGAGAUAAAUGGAAGGCCCCAGAAGGACCGAAUACCAGUAGCAAAUGGAAGGCCCCAUAUGGAACAAAUACCGGCAACAAAACCCCUUCCUGCACGUUCCACUUAUGCUACGAGGGCGUCAGUUCUGAAGCCAAAGGUAGAAGAGGGUAUGGUAAAAGCAGCUCACAUGGUUGGUACAAGCUACAGGCUAGCACCUGCACAGAAAGAGAAGUUGAAUCAAAAGGUCAAUCCCCAAGAGACAACUAAGAAGGAACCAGUUAAAAUAAUCAUCGAUGAUUCUGAACAUGGAACCAGCGGGGCGAAAGCCUUUCUCGGCAAAGAGAGGGAGACCCUGAUGAACGGAACGUCUGUAGCAAACGGAAGACCUACAGUGAACCAGACACCAGUAGCAAAUGGACUACCCCUGAUGAACCAAACACCAGCGGAAAAUGGAAGCCCCAUGAUCGCCAACCAGGCUCCAGUAGGAGAUGGAAGGUCCCAGCUGAAACAGACACCGGCAACAGAUGGAACGACCCAGAGGGAUCUAACACCAGAGAUAAGUGGAACUCCCCAGAAGGACCAAAUACCAGUAGCAAAUGGAAGGCCCCAUAUGGAACAAAUACCGGCAACAAAACCGUAAUAUUCUAAGUCUCUAUUUCUUACAUAGUUCAGUUGAUAGCUAAAUAUACAGAGAUGUUAUACAAAGAUUCCUAGAAGUAUCCUGCUCUGAUAGGGAUACAAAGCUAUGUGGUGUGGCCAUGGAUUUCGAGUCGCGUGACUAGUCGCGACUAGUAGAUGAGUCGCAAAAAAAUGUCGACUCAACUUAGUGUCGACUCAUGACUCGAGUCGCGACUAGGGCAACUGCAGGCUCGACUUUUUCCGAGUCGCUACCCCAGAAUGACUCAUCGACUCGAAAACCAUGGGUGUGGCCACAGAUAAAACUCCUUUUUUUUCGUGAGAGUUUUCUCGCUGUUAUUUCAGUUCUACUCAGUACUCACAAGAUUUUAUUUACCUGAAUCUCACGAUGCCAGAUUUAACCUAGGUGUUUUUGCACAUAGAAGGGGAUUCAGAGGAGAGCAUGUAUGCCCUGUAAUUUAGAGAACUGAAGUCACAGUUUUCAUGAAAGGGUGUUAAAAAAAGGUUUCUUAAUGUGCUAACUAAAACUAAAAUUUGAAAUCCUCGAACACAAGUGCGAAGACUGUUAAACUUUCCCAAAAGGUUCAAAUAACCAUUCAUAUCUGCAUAAUCCUGUGGUAAGAUGCUUAUUUUCAUGACAGAGCUGGUUUAAGGCUGGCAAUUCAAAUCUUAAAAUGGUACAUUUUUUUUUGAAGGUCACCGGGGAGGGAGAGGACUCCCCCACCUGAAUUGUAUU